AUGAAGAAGACCGUGGCCUUUAGCACCGAGACGACGUUCCUCUUCGGCGUCGACGUCAACGGGUCAGCCUUGCCCAAGGAGAGCGGACCUCCCAUCGGUCUCGCCCGAAAGCACCACACGAUGACAAUCGCGUCUCUCGAUGGUAUCGUGAAGCGCCGACGCCGCGUCCGCAAAUUUGACCACCUCGACCGACUCGAGAUGCUCAAGCCGCUCUAUGACUCCAAGACGCUCGCAGCCUUUUGCUACGAGGCCAUCGACACGCGGAAGGAGCGGAUUGAGACGGAGGAAGAGCUCCUGCAGAACGAGCGCCGACUCCAGGCCCGCGCACGGAAGCGCGCCGCCGAAGAGGCGCGGUCGUCGCACGCCAAGCGCCCGCGCAUGAUGACGAGCAUGAUGGAGUACGAUGAGGACGAGGACGAAGACAGCGAUGACGAGUAG